AAACAUAACUAUUUAGUUAAACGACCUUCUCGUUCGAUCCAUCCACACUUCCGGCGAGACAAAUCGGAGUAUCCUACACUUCUCCGGAACCCUAAUUUAUAUCCCCCGACGAGAUAGAGCUUCCGUUUUAUCAAUCUCCAAAGGUCAACGCGUGAUUUCGAAUCUCCUUUUUUUUUGCGAGAGAUCUUCAAUGUCCGGAAGAAACCGCGGAUCUUACGGCGGCUUACAACCUCCGAUCAACCAACCACCUUUCGUCAGAGGAGGCUUAGGAGGAGGAGGAGGACCAGCACCUCCUCCUCAUCAUCCUUCUCGUCCCUUAGACGACACCAGAGAACCCCAAUUCCGAGGCCAUCAUCUUCAACACCAUUCCAUCAUCGAAGACCGAAUCGCAGCUCAGAACCAAGACGUGCAGGGCCUACUCGCCGACAACCAGAGACUCGCCGCGACGCACGUGGCGCUGAAGCAGGAGCUGGAGGUAGCUCAGCACGAGCUGCAGAGGAUGAUGCACUACAUCGACUCGCUGAGAGCCGAGGAGGACGUGAUGAUGAGGGAGAUGUACGACAAGUCGAUGCGGUGCGAGGCGGAGCUGCGUCAGGUCGACGCGCUUCGAGCGGAGGUUCAGAAGGUGAGGGCCGAUAUCAAGGAGUUUACCUCGAGCAGGCAGGAGCUGACGAGCCAGGUUCAUCUGAUGAGUCAAGAUCUCGGGAGGCUAACGGCCGAGCUGCAGCAGAUACCGACUUUAACUGCGGAGAUUGAGAACACUAAGCAAGAGCUGCAACGCGCUAGAGCGGCUAUUGAUUAUGAGAAGAAAGGGUAUGCGGAGAAUUACGAGCACGGGAAAGUUAUGGAGCAGAAGCUUGUUGCGAUGGCUCGGGAACUUGAGAAGCUUAGAGCUGAGAUUGCUAACUCGGAGAGUAGAGCUCCUCAUGCAGCUGGUCCUGUUGGGAAUCCUGGUGGAGUUGGUUAUGGUGGUGGUGGGUAUGGAAACCAUGAGGCUGGUGGGUAUGCUGUGAAUCCCUAUCAACCUAACUAUGCCAUGAAUCCAGCACAGGCACAGGCACAGGGAGGCGUGGAAGGCUAUUAUCCUCCUCCAUAUGGAGCACCCACUGCCUGGGCGGGUGGCUAUGAUCCGCAGCAGCAGCAACAACAACAGUAUUAUCCACAACAAGGACAAGGACAGGGAUGAAAAUGUCCAAGUCGUAUAUUUCCCGGACAACAACUCGCAAAUUUAAAAACAAAGCAAACCUCCCCUUUUGUAAUCUUGCUGCGUACAAGCAAAAUUCUGAACAAACCAAUGUAUUAAGUCCUUUUUUUUUAAAUUAUGAAAGAAGGGAAGAAGCCUACA